CUGGAAGGGUCCUUGGGAAGCGCGGAGUCAAAUCUCUACAAGAAGACCUAAGGAACCGAGGCCCAGAGGAGAAAUGCUUAGGCUGUCAGAUGUUUCUUGGCAAAGGCACGCGCAGUUACUGUUACAAGUACCGGUUCACUGUUCAGGAGAAAAUGAUGCCUUGUAACCCUUGUUUCAGAAGCCUCACCGUAACUGAGAGGGAUAGCCUGACACUGCGACCUCGGUGCUGCCUCCAGUGCUCCGAGUCCCUAGCAGGCCUCCAGGUGGGCAGAAGCACUGAACAGGGAGACCACAAGCAGCUCAAAGAGCUGUACUCAUCUGGGAACCUGACGGUGCUAGCUAAUGACUCCCUGCUCCACCAGGACCCAAUACAGUUAGAUUUCCACUUCCGUCUCACCCCUCAGGCUUCUGCCCACUGGCAUGGCCUCCUCUGUGACCACCGGCUCUUCCUGGACAUCCCCUACAGGGCACUGGACCAAGGCAAUCGGGAGAGUUUGACAGCGACACUGGAGUUUGUGGAGGAGAAAACAGAUGUGGACUCUGUGUUUGUGAACUUCCACAAUGCUAGGAAUGACCGAGGUGCCUUGCUUCGGGCCUUCAGCUACAUGGGCUUUGAGGUGGUUAGACCAGACCACCCUGCCCUCCCACCCUGGGACAAUGUCAUCUUUAUGGUAUACCCCCUCGAGAGAGAUUGUUGCCACUUCUCUAGUAAGCCUUCCUGAAUCUAGCCAUGUUCCCACUCAAGUGGGAGGGCUGGAGCUUUAGUAAUAUGGCUCAGGCCCCAGGCACAAUGAGAUCCAGAGUCCUAGGUUUUUAGGAUGUGAUUUAGGGCACCUCCUCCCAACCCAGGAAUAAAGGGUAAUAGAAUCAUCAA